ACUCCACUCCACCUCCUCCCCCUCCCUGCAACUUCAAUGGCAGACCCCUCCAUGCAUAACUUCUUCAGCCAGAACCAACCUUCUGCGGCCAAACCCACCAAGCACGCACCAGCUCCGUCCACCACCGCAUCUCCCCGACGUUUUACUUGCCUCUACUGUUCCCGGGAGUUUGACACCUGCCAAGCUCUCGGCGGCCAUCAGAAUGGUCACAAGCGCGAGAGAGCCGCUGCUCGGCAAAACUCCCCGGCCGCCAACCAGCAGCAAUACCAACCACUUCCUCUGUUCCCCGCUUAUCAACAGCAACAACCCACCUCAUCCAUACCAUUUCCCCACUUUCCGGGCAUGUAUCAUACCGCGGGUGCAGCCGUGAUAGUUGAGAAGUGGCUGCAGCCCAUCCAGCCGCAGCCGCAGCAGCAUCAGCAGCACCAGCACCAGAACAUUGCUUCCAGCUCGGUCCCUCAGGCCUUUCUGGGCGUUUCGAAUGCUGAUUCUCUCUCCCCUACCACUAAUGUGGAUGAUUCUGCCAAUAUGGACCUCACCCUCCGCCUGUGAAUUAGGGCUUUAGACUGAUCGGUGAUGAAGAGAUAUAUGUAUAUAUAUAAAUGCUGGUUUUAUUAAUAAAAUGGGUUUUUGAGUGUGAUGAUGAGAGUUUAUCGGCAUUAAUUAAUUCCCUAAUUCUAAUACUCCCCAGCAUGAGAGUGGUCUGUCAACGGAAAACACUAUUUUUGUUGAUGUGUGAAGUGGCAUGGGGAUAAAUCUUCUAUGUUUGAUUAAUGUGUGUGUAAUGUUUUAUGGGUAGCUAGGAGUAUACUCCAUUAAAUAAAGAAUGUUUGCUGUC